AUGUCGACCAUUUUCCUGCACAAUUUCGCGACAUCACCAUUUGGUGAAAAGAUUCGGCUUAUUCUAGGGCUGAAAUCACUUCAAUGGAAAUCCGUGGAUGCUGAACUGGUCAUGCCCAAGCCAAACCUCACCGCACUGACCGGAGGGUACCGCAAAACACCGGUCAUGCAGAUCGGCUCGGAUAUCUACUGCGAUUCCAGAUUAAUUGCGGAUGAACUGGAAGAGCGGUACCCUGACCCAACUAUAUAUCCAGGCGGCAGCCGUGGCUUAUGCGUAGCCUUGUCAGAAUGGUCUGACAGGCCUCUACACAUCUCGAGUUCUGGGCUUGCCAUCGGAGUCAACAAACCAGACUUUCCUGCGAAUCUAAUGGCCGAUCGCAAAAAGUUCUUUGAAGGAUUUAUGGAUAUUGAAAACAUUGAAGCCGAAAUACCACAUUUGAAGAGUCAGCUACGAGCACACGCCGCAUUGAUCGAAGAGCAACUCGCGGAUGGGCGCCGCUUCUGGCUUGGCGAAGAACCAAGUCUCGCCGACUUCCACGCCUACGUCGAGAUUUGGACAGCUCGAGCAUUUGUCCCAUCCGCGACAGAAAUUUUACGUGGAUUCCACAAGAUAGAAGAAUGGGAGAACAGAGUCAAGCAAAUCGGCCAUGGCGAGAUGAGUUUUGCGACGGUGGAGGAAGCCCACGAAGCCGCGCGAGUAAGUACAGGCUUGCCGGGGCGGGGAGUCGAGGUUGAUAAUUUCCUUGGACUCUCACAAGGCGAAUUGGUCACUUUAGUCCCCGAUGACUAUGGUAAAGAACCUGUCGUUGGACGUUUGGUGACUCUGUCACUCCGCGAGGUUGCAGUGGAGAGGGACGAUGCCCUGGUUGGGACCGUAACAGUUCAUUUCCCAAGGAUUGGGUAUCGUAUUAUCGUAGCCUAGACGGAGCAAUGCCCAAGCUUGAUACAAGCUAUUGGCUAGAGAAAUCGUGCAUAGCAGCCAUCUCCUCUAUUAACAAGACAAGUCCGUAAAAUAUCUCAAUCUUCAGCAUAAAUUACUC